GGUUCCCACCUCCACGUCCUCCUCAGGCUGCUGUCGUCUAGCUCGCCCUACAUACCUGGCUCUGUCUCGUCUGGGACCUGCAUCAGAUGGAGGGCAACAAGGAUGAGGCUCUUCGCUCCCUCUCGAUAGCGCAGCGGAAACGGGACGCUGGCGACCUCACCUCUGCCCGCAAGUUUUGUCAGAAGUCUAUCGCGCUCUUCGACACGCCAGAGGCGCAGAAGCUACUUGCCGCGAUUGAGCGCGAGCUUGCGUCCGGACCAAGCCCUUCCGCGUCCUCGUCCUCGGCAGAAGCGCACCCCUCAGCUUCGGGUGCGAAACACAGACAUGCGCCAUCAGCAAGUAGCAGUACUGCUGGCGCGAACGGCAGUGCGGGGCCGGAGAAGGCGAAGAGGGAUUAUACACCAGAGCAGCACGCCGUUGUCAAGCGUGUGAGGGCGUGCAAAGUCACAGACUACUACGAGAUCUUGGCCGUCAAGAAGGAUUGCGAGGAGGUGGAGAUCAAGAAAGCAUAUCGCAAGCUUGCUUUGGCACUACAUCCUGACAAGAAUGGUGCACCGGGAGCUGACGAGGCGUUCAAGAUGGUCUCUAAGGCCUUCCAGGUGCUAUCAGACCCGCAGAAACGAGCGUCGUACGAUCGCCAUGGUUCUGACCCCGAAGCUCGUUUCAGCGGAAUGUCCUCCGCAGACGCCUCACCAGGUUUCGCCACUACAUCAUUCAGAGGCGGCGGCUUUGACGGGGAAAUCAGUCCGGAAGACCUAUUCAAUAUGUUCUUCGGCGGCGGGGGCGGGUUUGGCGGCGGUUUCGGUGGACCAGCCGCAGUGUUCACGGCCUCUUUUGGCCCUGACGGGUUCCGCACGACACGCAUGGGCGGAUUUGGAGAGGCGCCACGUCGGAGACAACGGCAGCAAGAAGCUGAGCAGCCUCGCGCAAGCUCCAUUUUCGUCCAGCUCUUGCCUCUCCUUGUCCUGUUCGCGUUCUCCUUCCUUUCUGCCUUGCCCAAGCUGUUUGCGACGCCAGAAACCCCAGACCCCCGGUUUUCCUUCCACCCCACCCCUCAAUACAACCUGGAACGCUCGACGCAUGGUUAUAACGUCCAUUACUAUGUCAACCCCAGGGAGUUCUCAAAACACCCGAUAUCCGAGGAAAUUGCACGGAAUGGGGACAAGGGGCUAUCCCCUGGGCUCAGUAGAUUUGAGAAGAACAUCGAGAAGAUCUACGUGCAAGACCUGUAUGAUCAGUGUCAGCGAGGGAUUGAUCGGAAACAACAGCGGAAAGAGGCCGAGGUUGGAUUCUUUGGUAUUGGGACGGAUUGGGAGAAGGUACGGCAGAUCGACCAGGAGAAGGUGGAGAGCUGCGACCGGCUUAGGGAGAUGGGAUUGUUGCGG